AUGAAGUUCAGCAUAGAGUCUACCGCUUCGUACAACAGCAUUCAUCCAGCUUAUCAUUAUACCGAGCAGUUUGCUAAUAAUGGAGAAACCUAUAAUGAUGGCACUAAAUGGUACGGCGUGUUCUUAGCAUUUCUAUCAGGAACCUUCUUCACCGUCAGCUCUGCUCUGGUUAAAGCGAUCCGCAACGUAGAUCCCAUGAUUCUACUGGCCAUUCGUGCCGUCGUGCAAAUUUUAACAAUGGCCAUCAUAGCGUGUAAAUCGUCUAGCAAUCUCAUGGGUCCAUCUGGUCAAAAACUACUUAUACAUUUUCAGGGUAUAGUAGGUGGCAUGACUUUGUCAUUGCUAUAUUACAGCUUCAGAGAAUUACCUUUAGGUGAUGCUACCACUAUUAUAUUUAGUUCACCAGUCAUCGUAAUCGCACUUUCUUUCCUUUUUCUGAAGGAACCUUGCGGUGUGCUACGUAUAGUAGUAGUCUGCACACUUUUUGGUGGUGUUGUUUUGGUUGCUAGACCACCAUUCUUAUUUCAGGUGCAUCGAGCAGAGCACUAUAACCUCAUGGGAUACAUAUGUGCUCUUUUGGCAACCCUCUUUACUGCUCUCAACAUUGUUGUAAUGAGAAAAUGCUCGGAGAUACACUACUCUAUCAUAGUUUUGAAUUUAUCAAGUUGGUCAUUUGUCGCUGCUGUGUUCUUUUACAUCGUAGUAUCUGGCGGUUAUGAGCACAAGUUGAAGUUGCCGUAUGAUUGGUUCAUCUGGGGUGAAAUCAUAUUGGUAGCGCUCACCGGCCUCAUAGGACAGGUAUUGGUGACGAAGGCAUUAAAGAUUGAAAGCGCUGGAAAAGUAUCGGUCACCAGAUCUCUGGAUAUUAUCUUAGCAUACUUGAUUCAGGUGUAUCUUUUUGGCGAGAAGCCUACAUCGACUAGUGUAACUGGCGCGAUUCUAAUUAUUUUCUCUGUCGUUUGUAUGGGUUUCGAGAAGGAGAUUUAUUCUAUUUGUGACUUUAUUCCUUAAUAUAUAUGAACAGUUGCUAUCGUGAAUGACAAAUCUCAAUAUAAUAAAAAGAACAGAAUUUUUUUUAAGAAAAGCAAAAAUAGCAGAAAAUUUUAAUCGGUAAAAUUUAAUUUUUACUGUUUAUUUUUCUUCUUUUA